GGUCGCGCAGCCUCAACCAUGAUCCCCGCACGCUUUCGAAAGGUUCCUCUUCUUGUUUCUCCCUUACUUGCUCUUCUACUUUUUUAUUAUCUCUUCUCGCCUAACAUAAAUGUACACCUCCCAGGGAAGGGGCAAGUUCACACACACAGCAGAACAACAAUCAUAUCUGGAUCGAAUAAUACGAAUCCACCCGAGUGUCCCGAAUUGCCCGGAAUCAACGACGUCCUAGUGGUCCUGAAAACCGGAGCCACAGAAGCAUUGCAGAAGGUGCCAGUACACUUCAACACCACGCUAAAAUGCAUCCCACAUUUCGUGCUCUUCUCCGACUUUGAGGAAGAAAUCGCCGGGGUCCAGGCGCAUGACGUCCUGCGCAGCGUCGACGAGAGUAUUAAAGACACCAGCUUAGAGUUCGACCUUUACAACCGCCUACGUAAAUUCGGACGCGCAGGGCUGACAUCGGACGAUAUCGGCGACGACCCAAGCACUCCGAGCGGCAAGCCAGAAAACCGGGGAUGGAAGUUGGACAAGUGGAAAUUUCUUCCCAUGAUAAAUGAGACCCUCAGGGUUCGAGCUGAUGCAAAAUGGUACGUGUUCAUGGAGGCUGACACGUAUGUGGUAUGGCCCAAUCUCCUGAAAUGGCUGGAGAAAUUCGACCCCAGCAAGCCGUACUAUAUGGGAUCGCAGGUCAACAUUGGGGACCUCACAUUCGCUCAUGGAGGCUCCGGGUAUGUUAUAUCCCAGGCGGCUAUGCAUAUGGUCUCCGAUCACCGAGCCUCGCGAGUCGAAGAAUAUGAUAGGUAUACCGCCGAAAGCUGGGCAGGCGACUGCGUGCUUGGGAAGGCACUACACGAUGUCGGCGUUAGCCUUUUCUUCUCGGUUCCAUUGUUACAAGGAGACACACCAUGGACCUUCCGGUAUUAUGGUCCAAAGGAAGACCACCAUUGGUGUUCCCCGGCGGUCACGUAUCAUCAUAUGGUUCCUGAUGAUAUCCGAGAAAUGUGGAGAUUCGAGAGCUCCUGGUGGGCAUAUGUAAGCACACACCCUGGUCCGGAUAUAUGCGGGGAUAUGCGUUUUGACAGAAUCUAUCAGACAGAAAAGGAGGUCCUUCUACAUGCGGAUGUGUUCGAAGAAUUAGCCCAUCCAGCCUUCGGAGAACUGAAGGAUAAUUGGGACAACGCUUCCACCGAUGAGAAUAAUGACGGGGUUGACAAUCUUGAAGACUGCAAAGCGCGAUGUAGGAAGGAUGGGAAAUGCCAUCAGUACUCCUAUGAACCGGGAAAGUGCUUUACGUCCAAGGUGGCUAGACGGGGAACUGGCAAGCCUGGUACUGGUAUAACCUCAGGUUGGAUGCCGGAACGAAUCAACAAAAAGGUGCGAAAGCUCGGUACAUGUAAAAAACCACGGUGGAUCACUCCAUGAUACUCCACAUCAACCUUGUACUCUCAGCCCUAAGCCUCUCUUCUGUGUACUUGUUAUAUGAUGAUAUGGAAGGGGGAUAGUCUACGCCAGCCAGCCACCCUGCAUACUGUACAUAAUCAUGAUAAAGAAUUAGAUUCUUCGCAAGCCCUUCCGAUGACAACCAAUAAAGAGAAGGCCAAGAGCAGGUUUUGACAGCUGCUGAGGAGCC